CCGGCGACGACGGCUUCUACGUUCCCUUUGCUUGAUUGCUUGGCCGCCGUAUACCUACACGCCACGCAUCGCCCCAAGUUCAACGCCGGCCCGCGCCGCCUCGCCUCCCAGCCACAGACGUCCCAAGUUCUCUCCGGCGGGUGCCCGUCCGUACAUGGCGGGGCUGCAGCGGUCGAGCGAGACGUUCCGGCGGUCGGGCUCGUCGGGGCUGGUGUGGGAGGACAAGAACUUCUCGGGCGAGAUCAAGCCGGCGGGCGACGGCGGCGGCGCGGACGCGGCGCUGGAGCGCAGCCGCUCGGCCGGCCACGCGCACGGCGGGUACAGGGCGGUGGGGCGCGUGCCGCCCGCGCUCGACCCGCCGUCGCCGCGCGUCGCCGUGUGCGGCUUCUGCAGGCUCUUCGGCGGCGGCGGCAAGGGCAAGGACGGCGGCAAGGCGAAAGCCAAGGGGAGGCGCCACUGAUCAUCAUCCUGCACUCUGUAACGGCAUCUGGUAGUUUCUUCUUUUCCAAUCCUCUUGCGACUUUGUGAGUUGUUUCACCUCAUGUCAUGGGUGCAAUAUAUACACUACCAGAAACAACUACAAUUCGAAUGCUUGUGUAGAGUAAAGGUGAAUAGAAGGUGUCGGACUGUCAGGGGUCUGAUGCAGUGUUCUUUCUGUUCUUCCUUCCAUGAACAAACUCUCUUUUUUUUUAAAUGGCCAUGAACAAACUCUAGGUCUGGAACACAAAAGUUUCUGGAAAACAGUUCAAUUUC